AGUAACAGUAACAGCAGGGUAGGCACAAAUGAUGGAAUUAUUAUUAACUUAGAUAACCCCAAAUUAUUUCAGAUAUUUGAAACAACUUGGUUCAUUUUUUGCAUCUUAAUUGUUGUUGUAGUCUUUUUGUAUUGUUUUGUUUGUCUUUGUUCGUCUACUGACAUUGAUAGAACAAAUAAAUACUCUUCCUCAAGGUGGCAGCAGAUGGCUGUGAAAACUAAAACGAGAGAGACCCUGAGCUGUGGACGACUAUCUUCAUGUGUGUCUUUCUUCAAUUCCUUGGCAAAGAAAGACGAGGAGGUUGAGCGUGAGGAGGAAUCUGAACUGGAGAACUGCUAAGAAACCAUAAAGACAUAAAGAGUGUCUGAGAGCUUCUGCGAGGACGCUGAGGAAAACAUUAAGAAGCCCCUGUGGUGAUAAAGUUGUGAGCAGCCACUAGGUACAGACAUAUCAUGAGUGUGUUUCGGCUGGUUCUGUUGCUGGGGCUGCUUCUCUGCCUUGGGGCUCAAUUUUCUAAUGCACAGCACUGGUCUCAUGGUUGGUACCCAGGAGGGAAAAGGGAGCUGGACUCCUUUGGUACAUCAGAGAUUUCAGAGGAGAUUAAACUCUGUGAGGCCGGAGAAUGCAGUUACCUGAGACCCCAGAGGAGGAGCAUUCUGAAAGACAUUAUACUCGAUGCGUUGGCCCGGGAGCUACAGAAGAGGAAGUGACAACGUUCUGUUUUUCUAUGGUGAUCCUUCCCAGUGUACUUGUUUGAUGGUGUGAAUUUGGUUGUAUCUGUAUGUGAAAUUGUAUUAACUCGUUGUUUAAAUUUCCCAUAAUAAACAAUUUUGAUAUGAACUAUUUUUCAUCUGUUGGUAUAAAUUCAAAGCCUGUUCAAAGUACUUCUUUUACUACUGUUACAAUUGAGACUCCCACUUUGUACUAACUGUUGUACUAAGAACUACAUCAAAUACCUAACCAUGCUAAUAUUACUUUUAACAUUUGUUACUCCAUAUAUUUCUACUUAGUACAAUACUAC